AUGAAAAUUAUACCCAAAAGGAACAAGAAGAGCAUCAAGAGAAGAGUGGACUUGAAAGUGAACUUGAUUGAGGGUAAAGAUUUAGUCCUUACAAACCCUAGAUCCUGUCACAUUGUUGCUGGUAUUGCAUUGAAUGGUCAAACAAAGAGAACACACAAGAUCAAGCAUACUGCUAAUCCAGUAUUCAACACCUCUUUACAGCUGAGAUUAACAGGCUAUAGCAUUGGUGGUCCAAUAUUACACAUUGCAUUAUUUGAUAAACACAGAAAGUACACCAUUUAUCUGGGAGAGUUGAGGUUGUCGGUAGUGGAUUUAUUUGAGGAUGCUGAAAAAAGUUUAACAAAGACUAUAGUGGCACCAAAAUGGUAUAAGUUACAUUCAUCUAAAUCUCAAGAAACUUUUGUGACAGGGUCAAUUAAAGUUGGUUUUGAAUUAAAAUCUAAAACUGAUGUUGUAACAAAUUUUAAAAUUUGGCAGUCCUCUUUAGUCAAGCGUGAGAAAUCAAUCAAGAUCAAUGAUCAAGACUAUUACUCGGAUACUGAAACUGAUGUGGAAUCUUUAAUGCUUGAAGAUCCUAAAAACAUUGGCAUCCAUAGCAGUUUACAAGAUUUGAAUCUAAGUACUGAUUCCAUAUCUACUCCAUCAUCAUCAACAGAGACAUCCACCAAAGCUCCUUCAUCACAAUCAUCAUUAUAUUUACAGCCACCUUCAGUGGCAGGCUCCACUUCAAAUUAUGAUUCCUACUAUAGUAGUGACGUUUCGGAUGCUCCAUUCGUUACACAGCAAUCUUUAUCUAGGAAACCACAUGUUAAGAAACCAGUUACAAUUGCAGGUGUUGUCUUUUUAGAAAUCCUAAGUGCGGAUAAUUUACCACCUUUUAAAAGGUUUAUUCAAAAAGGUUUUGACAUGGACCCAUUUGUUGUCAUAUCGUUUGGUAAGAAAACUUUUAGAACUUCAUGGAGAAAACAUACUUUAACACCUGUUUUCAACCAAACUUUGGGGUUUAAAGUGCUGUCAAACGAGAAAAAUUAUGACUUGGUUUUCAAUAUAUUGGAUAAAGAUCAUAUAUCAUUUCAUGAUAAAGUUGCAUUUGGUUCAAUUUCAUUACAAGAUAUCAUUGAUGAAGAGCAGUUUGUUGAUUAUGAUCUACCUUUGAAAUUGUUUAAAGAUCUGGAUUAUCACCCUUCAUUGAAGUUUAGAAUCAAGUUUAAACCAUACUCUAUUUUGAAAAAGGAAUUAUGGGAAUCCAUCUUAUCAAAAUAUGGUGAAUCGUUAGAUAUUAUUCAAUUGGAUAUGUUCCUAGAAAAUUUGAACAUUACUGAAGAGUUGGCAUCUUUUUAUAAAUAUAAUGAUAAAUCAAUGGUUGAUAUGUUAACUAUCCCCGAGAUCAUUAAAGUUUUAGAUCUUCAUAAAGUGGAAAUUCAAAGAUGUCCACUGUGUGGGAAAAGAAAACAAAUGGAUAUGGUUACACAUGUUGCUAUAUGUUCGGCUAAAGGUGAUAAAUUGAAAAGUUAUGCCACAGCAGGUUUUGCUUCCAAAAGAUGGUAUUCAAAAGUUUUAAUCAAAUUUGCAUACGGGAAAUAUGCACUUGGUAAGAAUAAUGCAAACAUUUUGGUUCAAGAUAGAUUAACUGGGUUCAUAAUUGAAGAAAAAAUGGCAUUAUAUAUAAGAUUAGGAAUAAGAUUAUUAUAUAAGGGUAAAGGUGCAGAUUCCAAAAGAAUUAAAAACUUGUUGAAAAGUUUGUCAAUCAAACAAGGUGCAAGAUUUGACUCACCAACUUCAGUUAAAGAUAUUGAUUCAUUCAUAAGAUUUCAUCAUUUAGACCUAUCAGAAUGUCAAGAAGUUGAAUAUAAAACUUUUAAUGAAUUUUUCUAUAGGAAAUUAAAACCAGGUUCAAGAGUACCAGAAUCAAAAGACUCUAGAAUAAUAGUUUCACCAGCAGAUUCAAGAUGCACAGCAUUCAAUGAUGUUUCAUCAGCAACAAAAAUUUGGAUUAAAAGUCGUUCAUUUUCCAUUUCAAAAUUAUUAGGUGAAGAAUCAUCAAAUUCAAACUUUGAUGAUUGUUCAGUUGCAGUUUUCAGACUAGCACCUCAAGAUUAUCAUAGAUUCCAUUCUCCAGUAGAUGGUAUAGUUCAAGAACCUAUUUUCAUCUCGGGUGAAUAUUAUACAGUGAACCCAAUGGCUAUUAGAUCUGAUCUUGACGUGUUUGGUGAGAAUAUUAGAGUUGUUAUCCCCAUUGAAACUGAACUUUUCGGAAGGGUCUUGGUCAUAGCUGUGGGUGCCAUGAUGGUUGGCUCUACCGUACUAUCUGUUGCUAAAGGUGAUCAGAUUAAAAGAACAGAUGAAUUGGGAUAUUUCAAAUUUGGUGGGUCAACUAUUUUAGUAUUGUUUGCAAAGGGUAAAAUGGAAUUUGAUUCAGAUUUGGUGGCCAACUCAUUAGAGUGUACAGAGACUCUUGUGCGUGUUGGUAUGUCUGUUGGACAUUCGCCAGAUAUUGACGAGUUUGAGAGGAAAAAAAUAAACUUUGAAGAGAAUUCUGAAGAGGAUAAAUUGAAAAUCAUCAGAACAAUUACUGGUGGAGAUGCUGAACAUCCUUGGGAAUAUUUCAAUUUGAAUGUGCAUUCGGAUGAUGACUUGUACGAUGAAGAAGAUGAAGAUAGCUGA